UCACUUGGACACGGUCUUAGUAGACUUAAGCUCAAGUGGAUAAGCCCCAACCAUGACGCUGCUCUCUCGCGGUCGGGCUAUUGACAGCGCUGGCCCUUCCGUCAAUUCUCUGUGGGAUGCAAGUAAUGCCUCCUCGAGUCGCAUGCUGUACUACCCAGAAGGUGGGGACAAACAAGGAGGCAACGAUGGUAGCAUUCAGAACAAUGCCUACGAAUCAACCGCACUGCCGCUGACUGACACUAGCAAGCUGAGUUUCUUGUCAAGCU